UCGGGCAUAUAAUACCCCCCGAUCGGCGACAGACAGACACUCUGUCCUGUAUGGAGGAAGAAGAAACAUGUUAAUCCGCGCUGUUUUCGUGGUCGGGGUGUUUCUAGCUGCGGCGCUCUCCGUCCCUUUGAAGAGUAAAAAUGACGAAGAUUCAUUGAGGGAAGAAGUACGAGAACUGCUGGAUUAUCUCAAGGAGGACCAACCUGACGAUGAAUUAUCGAGAAUUGACCACCUGGAGAAAGGGAAACGAUUGUUCCGGAAAUACUUUGGAGAAGAAAAACGAAAUAAUAACGAUGGGAAAAAAGACAAAGCAGAGAAGGGCAAGAAAAAAGAGAAGCCAGGAAAGCACAGUGAUAUGAUUGAUGAAGAGGAUGUGGACCCAAAUGACGAGAAACUAAUGCAGUUAUUGGAGGGAAUGGCAGUAGAAAAGAACGGAAAGGUCUACCAGGCACAAGGCUUGCACCCCGAAUUGACAGCCAUUGCCAAAGGUAACAAGAUGGACAAACACCCCCUCACACCGGACCAGGCCAACAUCGAGGGGAUCCCCAGAGACCAGGUCGAAAGAAAAAAGAGAAGUUUUUGGAAAGCGGCGUGGAAAUGGCCAAAAGCCAUUGUACCGUUUACCAUCGACAACAAUACUAUAGUAAAACAAGGGAGUUAUGACGUCAUUAACAAAGCAGCCGAAAUUUUCAAUAAUCGCACUUGUUUAAAAUGGCUACCAUACACACCGGAACUAGCGGAGGAAGUAGGACAUAACCAUUAUGUGGAGUUCAGGAAUUCCGGCGGCUGCUGGUCGUACGUUGGUUAUAUAACCAGGAGUCCCCAGGUCAUCGGGAUGCACGAGUCUGGUUGUAUGAGUGUUGGGAUUUCAAUCCACGAGAUGUUACACGCCGCUGGCUUAAUGCACGAACAGUCUAGGAGUGAUCGAGACGAAUACAUACGUAUGAUCAAGGAAAACCUGAAAGAAAACAUCGACAACGGCAACAUGGCAAAGACAAGCACGUUCGAUUUCAACGCCUACGACUAUGAAAGCAUCAUGCAGUACAGUUUGUGGGCCUUUUCCAAGACCGGGGGACAAUCAAUGGAGUUCUUGGACAGAGAUCUCGAAUUUUUAGCAGGGACAGGCGCAGGGGAGGGGCUGGAUUUUUAUGACGUCAAAGAUAUUACAGUAAAUUACAAAUGCGCAGCACAUUGCACAGACCCUCCAGGGUGUGUCAACGGGGGCUUCGUCAACCAUGACUGUGUGUGUUACUGUCCCAGGGGAUACACAGGGGAAACAUGUGAAACAGUGAUCACUGACGAUGGUUGUGGGGGAAUGAUCGAAGUUCCUCUUGGUAAAGACGUCUUUGUGACGUCACCCGGAUAUCCAGUUUCUUAUCCACUCGGAAAAGUUUGCCGGUGGGGCGUGAAGGUCCCCGAGGGGUGGUACGUCCGAAUGACGGUUGAGGAGCUCCAUUUAGCGGACAACAAUUUGGACAGAUGUUAUCAUUGGUUGGAGAUUCAGUACAAUCUCCCUGGACAGACAGGAAUCAAACGUUGCGGGGAUAUGAUUGGUGACCAGUGGACAGGCUCCAAGGACAGUCCAAACUUCAUGACCUUGACCUUUAACAGUCAAUUUGUCCAGGACAGGGUCCCAGAGAAGGGCUUCAGAUUGCGGUUCAACGCCGUGGGGCGAGGCUGUAAGAACAACCCGUGUAAGUACGGAGACUGCCGCGAGAGCGAGCUCGACUGCCAGUUCACGUGCGCCUGCUACCCAGGGUUCACGGGAGAGCUCUGUGACCAGUUGUCGGAUGACACCAGCUUGGAGUGUUCAUUUGAGACUCGGCAAUGUUUUCUAGAGAAUACGUCUGAGGGAGACGAUUUUGACUGGGCACUGAAUUCAGGUUCUAGCAGCUCACAAGGGACCGGACCAGAGAGAGCUUAUAAAGGAAACAACUACAUCUUCACAGAGAUGUCCAGCCCUCGGGUCAAGGGUGACAAGGCGUGGCUGGUGUCGAGUCCGACAUUCCCAGCGGCGGAGAGAUGUCUGUCAUUCCGGUAUCACAUGUUUGGACACACGGUGGACACGCUGAACGUUCUUGUUUCCGGGAAGGACCUUGCACAGAGCGUGGCCUGGACACAGUCCGGUAACCAAGGCAGCGACUGGAAAUACGGUCAGGUCACCAUCCAGAAAAUGGAGGAACUGAAGAUCAUCUUUGAAGCUAUCAGAGGAGAUGAUUGGAACAGCGAUAUUGCUCUAGAUGACGUGAUACUAAGUGUUGGCACAUGCUUGGAAGUCAACGAAUUCACUGAGUGUCUGACGUCUAGUCGCGGUGGGGAGUAUAAAGGAAGAGCCAACGUGACACGAUCUGGAAGAGCGUGUCAACCGUGGGCCGAACAGUCGCCUCACUCCCACACCGCGUACGAGGCCCUGUUCAACGACUCCAACUACUGCAGAAAUCUGUACCCUAAUAGUAACUAUCACCCCUGGUGCUACACCAUGGACCCUAACAAACGAUGGGAGUAUUGUGAUAUCCCGGCAUGUGAAUACGAUGAAUGUACACGAUCGAGAAUCGGGUUCGAGUAUGCAGGCCGAGUGAGCAGAACCUCAUCAGGAAAGACUUGUCAGAGAUGGAAUUCCCAGACCCCGCACGAGCACAACUUCGGCCUGGUGGCGCACGAGAACUACUGCAGGAACCCCGGGGGACGGGAGCAGCGGCCGUGGUGCUUCACCACCGAUAACACCACGCGGUGGGAGUACUGCGACAUACCGGCAUGUAAUUACAAAGCGCGUGAGUGUGUACUAUUAUCACAAGGAUUUGAUUACUUUGGAACCGUCAACGAAACUGCUUCCGGUAGAACCUGCCAACGGUGGGAUACGAAAUCUCCGCACUCUCACAGCCUAAAACUGUACUCGGCCCAGGAGAACUACUGUAGGAACAUAGAUGGCGAGAGACGGCCCUGGUGUUACACUACAGACCCAAACAGACGCUGGGAGAUCUGCGAUGUUCCGGAUUGUGAUGCACAACCAUGCCAUUCGAAUCCCUGCUUAAAUGGUGGGACUUGCAAAAACGAAGGAGACACAUUUACCUGUACCUGUUUCCCAGGCUAUCAGGGCGACAGGUGUGAAAACGAAGACUCAACAACGAAAGAAAAUUGCCGGCGAUCGACGAUUGGUUGGGAAUAUGCCUCCAUUAUCUCUGUCACGGCCAGCAAUCGAACCUGUCAGCGCUGGAACGAAUCCACCCCUCACGGUCACCGCUUCACCUCUUCAAUGGCCGACCAGAAAAACUACUGUAGGAACCCGGACCGGGAGCCGAGGGGUCCUUGGUGCUACACCACGGAUCCGGCAAAGAGAUGGGAAUACUGUGAUAUUCCAAAGUGUGAAACCCCACCCAAUGAAUGUUUAACGUCCGUUCGAGGAGGAGACUAUUUUGGUCACACAAACAGAACUAUAAGUGGACGCACCUGUAUGCGCUGGAACUCACAAUCCCCUCAUGACCAUGGCUACGGGUAUAUCAGUGACCAAGAGAACUACUGUCGAAACCCGUAUGGGAGUGAGCCGAGAGGACCGUGGUGCUAUACCACAGAUCCGGACAGGCGAUGGGAAUAUUGCUCUAUUCCUCUGUGUGGUGGACAAGUAUAAAAAAGAGGUCCCUAUGUUGUUUUUCAUGGACAUAAUCUGACACUAAGAAGCCAGACAGGGAACAAUAGCAAUUGGAUCAAAUGCUAUAUUGUAUUGUUUUUCUUGGGAAAAUGUUGCAACUUUUUAAAAAUAAAUUUUCAUCACAAGCAUUCUCUAUAU